CUAGUGUGCAUCCAUCUUGUUGGUUUUGUGUUGAUCUAAUGUUUUCCUAGCUGCUCAAGCACUCAGGAGACAUGAGAACAAAUCUCCGCCCCACGUUGUCUGGUGGGCAGCCGACCAAAAACGCGGGAUUCUCCAUUAAAAUGUCAUUCAUUGUACUAUGACACAGAGCUUAUUCUAAUGAGAACUGGGUGCUUGCUUUGCGAGAAACGUUUUUUAUGUGUUUUCUGGCCAAAUGCCAGCGGUUGACGCGUGAUGAUACUGUGGUCUUGUUUGUCGGGUACAUGCAUUUGUCCAGAUGAUGCCCACUCAAUAUUAGACUGUCCAGCUUCUCAUUUGGCUGGGGGAAGGAGGGGUUGGGAUAUUAACAGCUGGAUGAAGAGCACUGAUUACAGUAACGCGGCGCUGACUCCCAUCGCUGACAUCAGAAUCGUCUGGAGGAACCACUACACAAUGAAAUUCCUGCGUAUAUUCCUCAUACUCUCCUUUGCUGUUUUUGCUCUGGGUUCGGCUCUCCAGUGUUACUCAUGUUCGGAUCACUCUGACCGCUGCAUUCAGGACUGCACGUUUGAGGACGCCUGUCUGGCCCUGGGCGAGCAAGGUGGUAUGACCAUCCGGCGGUGCGUCCGGUACACCGACUGCAACCACGUCCGACUGGCUCAGAUGUUUCCAACGUCAUCUGGCUUAGCCUACAGAUGCUGUAACAGCAACCUGUGCAACAGCAGCCCCGCCAGCACCCGGAGAGUCAGCCUGCUCGCUGUGCUGCUGCCCCUGCUGCUAUUCUGGUGCUGUGUACCCUAAGCCUUUCAAAUGAGAGUUCGGCUUCCUUAACGAUGAUCACCGGGUGGCAGAACAUUUAAGUGCUAACCAAAUCACCUAAUUCCUUCAUAAUUUUAACCUAAAAUCAAUUUCGUAAGUGAAAACAGAGUGCCUUGUGAUUAAAAGAUAUACACACAGAUGACCCAAAACAUUAUGACAACCU